AUGCGGGAAGCGAAGCUGGAACCAAACAUCGUCGGCGUGGAUUAUGUGGUGCUCUCGCCGACGAGCAAGUGCAUUAUGGAGAUCGAGGAGCAGCGACAAUUGUGGGCGCGGGAGCGCCCUGGCCGUGUCGCCCAGCCGUUCGUCCAGCGCUUGGCGCGGCUGGCGGCCUCGAUCGAGGAGCACGGUGCGGUGGCCAAGGAUUGUGAGACGGAGGCCCAGACGGACUUCGAGAAGGAGGGGGCUGCCCAGCUACCAGCCGUGGGGGCCCUCCCCCCUGCGGCUGAGGGCUUUGAGGGAAGGGGAAGUGCACGUGCAGGCGAGCAGCUUGGUGCCGCAGAGGGAGGACCCCUUGCCCUCUCUCGCCGCCCCGUCGUGGAUCCCGCGGGGACUCCCCGUCGAUCCUGGCGAAGGCCGCUUGUUCGGCUGCAGUGA